GUUCUUGUUCCUCCCUGGCAGCUAUCACAGGGCAGCAGGGCCCUUAGGAGAAGACAAACAUUCCACCCAAAGCCAGAAGAGCAACCGACGUACCCGGAGGAAACAAGAACACCAGGAACUCCCUUCUGCUAUUGUUGGGAGUGCAGAAAAUGCCCUAUGCCGAGAUCACCGUAAACCUGGGCAAAGUGACCUUAGGAGAAGAGAACAGGAAGAAGAUGACAAACAGUUGUUUGAAGAGACACGAGAACUCAAGUGUCAUCCAGGCUGUGUGUGCACUGCUGAACUCCGGAGGAGGUGUGAUCAGAGCAGAGGUCGGCGACAAAAACUAUAGUUACCGGUGCCACGGGCUGGGGCAGGACUUGGAAACUUCCUUUCAAAAGCUCCUCCCAUCAGGGUCACAGAGACACCUUGACUAUGUACAACAGAACCAGGAACUACUGAUUUUUGUCAAGUCCUGGAGCCCAGAGGCCUCCAGCCUUCCACUGAAGAUUUGCAGCUUACGCUCCAAUUUAUACCGGAGAGAUGUGACCUCUGCCAUCAACUUGAGUGCCAGCAGUGCCCUGGAGCUUCUCAGAGAGAAAGAGGCUAGAGCCCAAAAAGGCACGCCCAGGUUACAUUCUCAUGAAUGGACCCCCAACAUAUCCAUUGAGGAAGAGGAAGAUAUUAAGAUGUGUGCCUCGGAAUUUUUUCAGAAAGAUAAGCUCAAUUAUAAGGAGAAGCUUAACUUCACAGAGUCAACACACGUCGAGUUUAAAAGGUUUACCACCAAAAAGAUUGUCCCUCGGAUUAAAGAGACACUGGUUCAUUACGUUUCUGCAUUUGCCAACACUCAGGGGGGAUACAUAAUUAUCGGGGUUGACGAUAAGAGCAAAGAAGUGUUUGGAUGCAAGAAAGAAAAAGUGAACCCCGACUCACUAAAGAUAGAAAUUAAAAGCUGCAUAGAAAAGCUGCCCAUAUACCACUUCUGUCGUGAAAAGCCCAAGGUGAAUUUCGCAACCAAAAUUUUGAAGGUUUACCAAAGAGAGGCCCUGUAUGGCUAUGUCUGUGUGGUUCAAGUACAGCCCUUCUGUUGUGUCGUGUUUGCAGGAGACCCCGAUUCCUGGAUCAUGAAGAGCAAUAUUGUCACAAGGCUGGUGGCUCAGCAAUGGGUGCACAUGAUGCUGGACAUUCAGCCAGAUCCUUCCAGCCUGCCCACCACAGAUUACAGUGCUCACCUGAUGCCAUCAGCUUCGUCUGCACUGAGAAGGCCAGCGUAUCUCACAAAAGUCCUGGAACAUAAGGAGACUCUGCAGCGUCAUUUAUUUCCAGAGACACAGGAAAACCUACAGUUUCAGCCAGAAUCCCUCUGUAAGAAGCUGUUCUCAGACCAUGACGGACUGGAGGAGUUACUGAAGGCACAGACACAUCCUGGUUCUCUCGGGAUUGUGAUACUUUCUAGAAGCUGGGCUGCUGAUAUUGGUUUAACGAAAGAGCAGAACGUCCUGUGUGACGCUCUCCUGGUAGUGGUUAACAGCCCUCUGGUACUCUGUACCGUCUUAACAGACCCUGAGGGGAACGGAAGAUCUGACUAUACUCAAAACACCGCCCUCCGCUUAAAACAGCAGCUGCAAACUAUCGGGGGCUAUACAGGGAAAGUAUGCGUCAUCCCGAGGCAGAUACACCUGACCAGCCGGGCGUCCACACCUCAUCAGUCCUCUGUGUACUACCCCCGAUCCUACACGCUGUCCAGCAGAACUGAAGUGGAGGCUUUGCUGCAGGCCCUCGUGGUCGUCUCACUGUGCUCCAGGUCGGUGCUGAGUGACCGGCUGGGCUGCGAGUUUUUCAAGCAGCGUGUAGAAGAGCUUGGCGACUCACUGUCCAGGGACCUCCAGGAGACCCGCGAACUGUUCAUCCACUGCUUUCCAGGAGCCAGGAAGACAGCUCUUGCCAUAAAGAUCACGGAGAAGAUUAAGGAUGUGUUCCGCUGCAAAGCAAAGGAGAUCCUCUAUGUUUGUGAAAAUGACUCCUUAAGGAAUUUUGUGAUGCAGCAAGCCGCCUGCCAAGCUGUGACCCGGAGGACCUUCAUGAGAGACGAGUUCCCAAAGAUUAAACACAUCGUGAUGGAUGAGACUGAGAGUUUCUGCAGUCAUCCCGGUGACUGGUACGGGAAGGCCAAGAGCAUCACCCAUCCAAAAGCCAAGGGGGCUGCAAGGGAACACCUUCACCAUGGGAUCCUCUGGCUCUUUCUGGAUCCUUUCCAGAUCCGCCAUGCGGACGGUGGUGGCCUUCCUGCUCCUUCUGCGCAGUUUCCUCGGAAAAUGAUCAGCAACGAGAUCCACUGUGCUGUGGAAAUUGCAAAGGUCAUGAGAGAAGAAAUGAGGAGGAUCCAAGAAAACCCUCCCUCCAGUGUUUCUCCAGACACACUGGCAAUGCUCCGGGAGGCUCCCUGUGAGGAGGCAGUGCGUGCCCAGGCUCUGCCAGGCGUGUGUGAGAUCAGGGAUAACCUGACACCAGAACAAAUCGCCAACUACGUGGCAGAAAAAUGCCACAGCCUCUUCCACGAUGGCUAUCUGCCCAAAGACGUAGCAAUUCUGUACAGGAGAGCGGAAGACAGAAGACGGUAUAACGAUGUGUUGCUAAGAGCCAUGGCGCGUGGGGCAGCGGAGGUCGCUUUCAGCAGCGUUGCUGAUCUGUGUAGCGACAGCAUCAUUUUAGACAGCGUCCAGCAGUUUUCAGGCAUGGCAAGGAAUAUCGUGUUUGGGCUUAGUCCUGAGUCUGUGCAGUCAGAGGGGAUUCAUAAACUCUGCUUUGCCUCGAGAGCCAUUAAACACCUCUACUUGCUGUACGGAAGGACAGCCUUCUGAAACUACUGUAAAUGACACAGGAAGCCAACAAGAGCACCCUCUCCUUCCAGAUGGGUGGUAGCUCCAUUUUAAUAUUACAAGUGAAGAAAUGAAGGUACAUCAUUAUGGCCCGGAACCAUAUUUUCUGGGAUGAGUGACUCUAUUAUUAGCAGUGGCCAUGCUCACUCCUUGGUCCACUUCUCUUUCCUGGAUUGUAACAAUGUAAGUGUGAUCGGUCUUCUGCCUCUGAGCUUCAUGACCCAAGUCAGCUUUCAUUCUCUU